GAUCUCAUUUAUUUGCCGCUCUUCGAGGCGUUCACAACGUCAAAAGCUAACGCUGCGCGCCAAGCAACUUGUAAAAUUGAAGAUUUUGAAUCGGGAAUCGGAAACAUUGUGCCAGGAGCAGCAGCAUUUGUAUAAAGCGUGCUUCGAGUCGUGAUCAUAAAAUACUUGUCAAACAAUUUACAGCUUCCAGAAGCAAAAGUCAAUAAAACUUUUCAAAUUAAAAUAUUGAAGCGUCAUCUGGCUAUAUAAUUAAUGCGCAUAUUUCAAAUUUCCCAACAAGGACAAGGACACUCGAUAGUCAUUAACGGCUCAUCACGUUGGCAAAUAAAUUCAGUAACAAUUAUAAACAGCUUCUGCCGCCGCCGCUGCUGCUGGAAUCAACGACGCGCCUUUUAAACAUGCCAUCUCUGUCUUCCCUACUGGCACUGCUCGCCCUGGUUACGCCCAGCCUAGCCGGCAGCUACUCCUACAGCAUGCGCGGCACAGACGCUGUCGGCCCAGUCCGUGGCACGCCCCCACGUCCCGUCAACAAACUGUUGGUGCAAUCUCCCAAACUGGACAAUGCCUAUAUGGACUAUUUGGUAACAUCGCGUCCGCUCAUUCUGCGCAAAUACAACAAGAACGGCAGCAAAACGAAGAAGACCAAGAAGGACUCGAAGAUCUAUUUCAUAGCCAUACCCCCGCUGCCGUAUCGCUAUAUACCCGGCGUUGGCUACGACUAUCAGCCCAUGAAAAUCAAGCCCAUUCUGGAGGAGGUGCCCAGCCCAACGACCACGACCACGACCACGACGACUACGACAACGUCGCCCAGGCCAACAACAACAGCAGCUCCAGAGACUACGCUCGCCUCACAGAGCAAGUUGCUGCGCGUUCAGCAUCGCAAGGACUACUAUUUCAAUGGACGUCCCUUCCGACUGCAAGUGGCGCGUGCCGAUCACAAAUCCGCCCUGACGCCCCUUAACCUUAAGUCCAAAUUCUACUACAAUAAAAACAUUAUUUAUUAA